CGAAGUUCCCCAUCGGUGAUAAGAUAAGAGCACCGUGAAAUUUCCUUGCCCGCAUUAACGACCUCACUCAACCUCAACACCGCGCCCGCUCAUCAUACUCCAAAGCCAGCCAACCUAAACCUCCGAUAUCCAUUUAACCCUCCCGUUUGCCGACCGACAGAAGCUACGGAACCACAGCAGGACCAAAAAAGACCGACAGCCAGUCACAAUGGACAAUCUCUCGCUCGAGACAGCUGACCUCGACAAGCUGAACGACCAGGACAAGACCGAGCUCCGCCAGUUCCUGCAGAACGAGAACCAGAAGGCUCGCGUGCAAGCCACCGUCCACUCCCUGACCGACGUCUGCUUCAGGAAGUGCAUCACGGGAUCGAUCAGGAACGGCAAGCUCGACAAGACGGAGGAGAGCUGUAUGGCGAACUGCGCUGAGCGCUUCUUCGACGUUAGCACCUUGACGAUGAAGCAUUUACAGAACAUUCGUCAGAACUAAAAUAGAUCACACAACUUCCUUUAAAUUAUCGGUAUACACAUCGCUUGGCGCUCUACGUAUGAUCUAUCACGUAAGAGGUCUCAAUCUACCGACGAAACGGAGAUUAUGGGCUUCCGAGUAUCUCUUCAAGCCUAUAUGAUGCGA